UUCGAGGGAGGGAAAGCCGGCCACCUUCCCGCUGCCGGCGUCGGCGUCGGCGUCGGUCGCGUCUCCGCCCGAAGCCGCAGGCACCGCCGCCCCCUCGCUCCUCCUCUCCGGCGAGCUCGGCGCGACUCCCUCGCCGCGGAAUCCGACGCUCCUCCCGCUUCCGCACGCCCGCAGGUGCAGAGAUACCUCAUCAUGUCAGCUGCUGCCGUGGACUCUGCUGCUGUGGCGGUGCGGAACACGUGUGGCUGCAAAAACACCGGAUGCAAAACCAGAAAGUGCGCUUGUUUCAGGGAUGGUUUGCCUUGCAUUCGUGGGCGAUGCAAGUGCGAGGGCUGCGCGAACAAUUCGAGGGGGCUGGCUAUAGAUGUGUUGCCGACGAAGUGCAGCUGCAAAAGCACCAGAUGCAAAACCAGGGUGUGUGCAUGUUUCAGGGAGGAUUCGCGUUGCACUGGUCUAUGCAAGUGUGUCGGCUGUGAGAACAAUCCGCGUGGGCUGGUCAAUGAGGCAGAUAGCAGGCCGAAGAAGUGCAAAUGCAAAAGAACCAAAUGCAAAACCAACAUGUGCACAUGUUUCUGUGCGGAUUCGCAUUGCACUGGUCUAUGCAAGUGUGAGGGCUGCGAAAACACUCCGCAGGGGCUGGUCAAUGAGGGAGAUAGCGGGCCGAAGAAGUGCAAAUGCAAAAGAACCAAAUGCAAAACCAACAUGUGCACAUGUUUCAGUGCGGAUUCGCGUUGCACUGGGCUAUGCAAGUGUGAGGGCUGCGAGAACACUCCGGAGGGCCUGGCCAAUGAGGGUGAUAAGGGGUGCACCUGCAAGUUAAUCAAAUGCAAAACCAAGAACUGUGGUUGCCUGAAUCGCGGGGCCAGGUGCACCUUAAAAUGCAGUUGCCAAGGGUGCGAAAAUGGAAAAGGGACCGGAGGGGCUGAUACGUCCCAGGAUAGCAGGGAGGCUCAGGUUCCAACAAGCGAAUAAGAAUCGGGUGAUGACAGUAGGCUUGAGACAUACCAGAGCAUGAUGCAAGUCACCUUACAUACUUACCAUCCUCGAGACAUACCAGAGCAUGAUGCAAGUCACCUUACAUACUUACCAUCCUUGUAAUGAUUACUCGAAGCAAGCACGGCGAGAACUCCAUGAUCUGCGAUGUCGUUAACCUCAGCCUCAGGGGGCUCUUGAUCAGACUGAUAGAUACUUGAUGCUCCCUCUGUAACAUUUUAUAAGACGUUUUGAGUCCAUGGCAGUGUCAAAAAACGUCUUAUAUCAUGUCACCGAGGGAGUACAUAUAUACUCCUGUAAGAAUAGUUGCCCUCAUCGGUUGCCGUCCAUACUCGUUCUUAUGCAUACAUACUUGCUGCAAAUGAUUUCUCUCUUAUAAACUUUAGGAAUUUUCUGAUGGUGUUUGAAAAUUGAAACCCAAACUACUACUAGUAUGCAUGGACAAAGAGGCCCUGGUGGCAUUAUUUCUGCA